UGCGCGCUGAUCUGCCUCGGCUGCUACCGGGAGCUGGACGACUCCUCGCUGGCCAAAUGCCGCGGCUGCAAGUGGCCCAUGUGCUGCACAGCUUGCCCAGGACAGGGCAAAUACACCGGCCACUCCAGCUACGAGUGCGACACCCUGAAGAACAUACCACCGAACUACGAGGACCUGGAAGACUUGAGAGAAUGCUACCACGCACUCAUGCCGCUGAGAUGCCUUCUCCUCAAGAAGUUCGACGCCGCCAAAUGGUCGGCCCUGUCGGCGAUGGAGGCUCACAACGAACUGCGGCGCGAGCGCGGCGACAUCUGGCCCAUGAACGAGCGGCUGGUGCUGCAGCGGCUCAAGAAGUGGCGGCUGGAGUUUGAUGCCGAGGAGGUGCACACUGUGUGCGGGAUCUUGGAGGUAAACGCCUUCGAAGUGGGAGGCAGCGGCGCCAACGCGCGAGCCCUGUACGACCGCGCCUACCUGCUGGCUCACGCUUGUACGCCAACCACCACGCAUACGGACGCCGAGAGGAGGCCAGGCAGACCCCUGACGAUUCGAGCGUCGGUCCCGCACAAGAAGGGAGACUUGUUGUCCUUGUGCUAUGCGUACACGUUACAGGGCACGCUGAAGCGGCGCGAGCACCUGCUGCACAGCAAGUUCUUCGAAUGCGCGUGCGCGCGCUGCGCCGACGCCAGCGAGCUGGGCACGAGCGCGAGCGCGUUCCGCUGCCCCGCGUGCGCCGGCCGCGUGCUCCCCACCGCGCCGCUGCGGCCCGCCGCGCCGUGGCGCUGCGACGCCUGCGGGUACACCAUGGCGGCUGAUGCGGUGCAGCUGCUGCUCAAGAGGCUGACGGACGAGUACGAGCAGAUCGACGGCAACGACGUGCCCGGCUUCGAGGGCUUCCUGCACAAGUACCGCAACGUGCUGCACCCAACGCACUACCUCUGCCUCUCAGCGCUGCACUCGCUCAGUCAGCUCUACGGCAAGGUUACUGAUUACAUGAUCCACGAGAUGCCAGAAUCUGAACUGAACAGGAAGAUACAAAUAUGCAGAGACUUGAUGAAGGUCUUUGAUGUGAUCGAGCCAGGCUACUCGCGCCUCAGAGGAGUGACGCUGUACGAGCUUCACGCGCCCCUGAUGAUCCUCACCACACGAGAUUUCGAGAGGAAAGCUAUAACCAAAGAAAAUCUUCGGAAUCGACUGAAAGAGAUCGUGGGCUACUUGACCGAGUCGGCUCUGAUCCUCGGUUUUGAACCAGAGAAGUCCUCCGAAGGCCUAAUGGCGGCGGCAGCCAGGGACGCGCUGAAGAAGAUUAAGACUUGGGAGCAAAUCAUCGGGAAAAUAUCAUGAAGCAAAACAUUUCCCCGCUAAAGAAUUUUGUGACAAAUGUUUGGGACUAUGUUGAUGAUAUUUGGUUUUUGAGAGGGAUUUUUGAGAGCAUAAAGAGUUGUGUAGUUUUUGUAAAGAUAUAUUUUUGUCUCUUUGUUGAUUGUGCAUUAAUAUUUUAAACUAUUUAUAUUCAUGUAUGAAAAUAUGUAUUUAAGUGAAUUUGAAAUAACUUCCUUGAAUGUGAUAUUGUACCUUAUGUACUCUUAAUUAUAAUAUUUCUUCGACUAAUAAGACUAAAUUUUACUUUUUUAAAAGUUCUUAUGUUUAAGAUCUAUCUACUUUCAUAUAAGACUUCUUUUAUAUAAGAUUAAUAAAAAUAAUUUUCAUUUUAAAACUAUUUUGUGGAACUUUUAUAUUUUGAACAUAUUUAUUCAUUCCUUCUACUAAAAGACAAUCGAAUAUGGCGUGUUAUUAUUUAUUUUAAAAUUUGUAUAUUUAGACAUUCGUUUAGCAUUUCGAUUAAAUAUGUUUUGUAUUAA